AUGUCUUGGCAAGAGCUUCGCAACCACCAGCUGCCUACCAUCGCCUUGAACACCAACUUCACCCGCCAACGCCACUUUCGAUCUCGACAUCAAGCGGAGCCACAAAACAAUCCAUACAAUCCACUAGACAUCCUCACAGCCGCCAUCAUGAACCACCUUCCGCAAGCUUGGGGCCGUCCCAGAGAUGAUGUCUACGGCGCGUACGACCCCUCACACUUCCAGACCGCUGGCCCCAACCAGCACACCCAGAGCCCCAUUGUCACCGGUACCUCGGUGCUUGCGGCGAAGUUCAAGGACGGCGUGGUCAUCGCAGCGGAUAACCUGGCAUCAUACGGCUCGCUUGCCCGCUUCACCGACGUCAAGCGUCUACGGAAAUUCAACGAUGAGGUAGUGGUCGGCUUCGGCGGCGAUGUGUCGGACAUGCAGUACCUCGAUCGCCUCCUCAACUCUCUCGACAUCCGCGAAACCUACUCGUCGAACGAGACGGCUCUGAACGCAAAGAACCUUCACACAUACCUCGCCAAAGUCAUGUACAACCGCCGAUCCAAGUUCGACCCGCUCUGGAACCACCUGCUCAUCGCUGGUAUGGACGGCGAGUCGAAGCCCUUCCUUGCGAGCGCAGAUUUGCUAGGCACUACUUUCUCAUCACCGUCGUUAGCCACUGGCUUCGGAGCACAUCUCGCCCAGCCAAUUCUGAGGACGAUACUACCGGAUGAGGCGUCAGUCGAGAAGGUCACAAAGGAGCAAGCCGUAGAGAAGAUUAAGGAGUGUAUGAAGGUUCUCUUCUAUAGAGAUGCAAGGAGUAUGGACAAGUACUCCAUUGCGGUCAUCACAAAGGAGGGUGUCACUCUGGAUGAGAACGUUCAGUUGGAAAACCAGAGCUGGGCCUUCGCAGACAGGAUCAGAGGAUACGGAACGCAGACGGCAUGA